AUGGAACCUGAGAUAGAGGUUCAGGAUAACAAUGGCUUAGACACUUUGUCAGGGUCUACCCGCUCCCUGGAACUCUACUUCUCCAAGUCCCAAGAUGGCUCCUACUGUGAUGAAACAAGAAGUGAUGAAGACAGUUCUUUUAACCCGGAACGCCUACAUGAAGAAAUAGACAACUCAGAAUCCCCUCAACCACUUAACUGGGAGGAUAUGCAUAUAGAGAAAUGUUCAACUAAAUACAACAAGAGUCCAAGUGAAAAUCAUGAGAAUUACACUUUUCCCCAGGAUACAUGUUGUAUUAAACCUGGGGCCGACUACCAUCCCACAACCAGCACAUCUUUACCAUCUCUACCGUCCUCAAAAUCCCCCACCUUGGACCCGGACUUAGGCCGACUUUCUCUGAGGCAGUCACCCGAUUCCUUCACCUCCUCCUUGGGAUUCCAGGUUGAGACGAACCAGACCCUGACCCGCACAACGACCACGGUGCUGACCCCGACCCCGUCUCCACCUCUAGGCCCCAAAGGGAAGCCGAGCUCUGGGACUGGGGCCAGGGGGAAUGGGAGUGUUGAAUCUCCAGAUGAAGGAGGGAGCAGAGAAGAAACACCUCCUGCUCCUGUCUCCUCUGGAAUGCCAGGCCAGGCUGCUGAGCAGGCAGAGGAGUGGGAGUCUGACAGGGAUCUGUGCAGAGCCAGCAAGCACAGGGCGAGGCGCACACGACUCAGCCACAACGAGAGUCAAACAGAGAAGUGGGUGAAGGAAGCCAAGUCUAAAUGUAAACGCAUCUCUCGUCUUCUUACUAAUGCACCGAACCCCCGAAAUAAAGGUGCACUGCUGUUUAAGAAACGGCGACAGAGGGUGAAAAAGUACACGUUUGUAAGCUACGGUACUGGACAGGAAGAGAUAGAAAGUGAAGACGGCAAAUCUGUUGGGUUGAACUUUUUGUCCCCUUGUGAUUCUGAGCUAGAGGACGACUACUCGCUUUAUUCCCAAGAUCUGGGGGUUCCGGUUUUGAAUUUGAAUCUAAACAGAGACAACUUUUUUCGGUUAGACAGAGCGCCUGACAAGAUGGAGCACCUGCCAGAAACUAAAGGCAAGGGCGUGAUGAUGUUCGCUCAACGCCGUCAAAGGAUUGAGGACCUUACGUUGGAGCACGAGGAGAUGAGAUGCAGGGGAAUACCUGUGGAAGGGGUCAUGGAGCCCGAACCAGCAGAGGUGCAGAAUACUCAUGAUAUGAGUGAAUUACCUGUUCAGUCGGCAGAGCAGCAUGCUAACCAUGCCUUCAUGGAGGCUCACACCAUGAAGCACAUGCACUAUGAAGAAAGCAAUCAACUGGAUAUGCAUGCAAGACAAGUUAUGAACAGUAUGGAAGAAGUACUGCCUAAGCCCCUUGUGCCAAAUAGAACAGCCAAGCCCUUCUCAUGUUUUAACAUCAGAGCACCUGCACCCUUUCCACCUCCUAGCUCUGUCCCCAUCCCAGUUGCAAGGAGGCCUGAGCUUAAGUUUAAGGUCCCAGUUCCUGUUAAUACAAAUCCACAGGUGUGGUCCCCGACUGGGGAUAUCAUAGCCUCCAGGGAUGAGCGCAUAUCUGUGCCUGCAUUCAAGACAGGCAUCCUUCCAGAAUCUAAAAGAAGAGGCUCAAAUAAGCAGCAUUCAAUGUCAAAUCAAGCCUCCUCCAACACUUAUCUCCAAAACAAAGGGGAGCGAAGAUCUUACAUUGAGUCAGGCCAAGAGGAAGACUAUCUUAGUCUCGGAGCAGAGGCCUGCAACUUCAUGCAACCAAGAGCUAUGAAGCUUAAGAAUCCCCCACCCGUUGCCCCAAAGCCCACCAUCAACCCAUCUUGUCCUCCAUGGUCAAAAGAUGGUCCUCCACGUGAUGCCUUUCACCCUCCCAGAAGUCCAAUUCCUAUAUCCUCCCAUGUUCCUGCUGCCUCUCCAAAACAACCGUCCUACCAACAGCAAAACAACCCUACAGUUUUGCGUCAACCAUUACUAGACCCACAGCAACUGGCCAACCCCUGGGCACGAUCUAACACUCAGGGACAGCUACAGCCGCCAAUGAACGCUUGGGCACCUGCCAACUCUCCUCUUCAGCCUCAGCCAAGUUUGAAUAGCUGGAGUCAUCAGCCACCUCGAUCCCCAGUGAGUAUUAAUGCUCCAACUUCUGCUGUGCCACACGCACCUCCAGCCUCAUGGAACAAGCCGGCUGUUAAUUCAGUAGCUUCUUGCCCAGCCAAACCGGUCAACUCCAACAUCCACUCUUCCAAGGCACCACUCACUUCAUCUAGGAGACCUUCAGAUAGAGGGUCUAGCACGGCUGUGGAUGCCCCACCAAUGAUGGGAAGAGGUGCCGAGCUUUUUGCUAAGAGGCAGUCUCGGAUGGAGAAGUUUGUGGUGGAUGCUGAUACAGUUCAAGCCAACCUGGCCAGGUCCCCUUCCCCCAUCUCUUCCCUCCCCAACACAUGGAGAUAUUCUCCCAACGUCAGAGCCCCACCUCCUGUCUCGUUCAACCCCCUCCUUGCUCCUUUUUACCCCCCGGCUGCUGCCAAGCAACCCCCUUCCACCAGCCCUAAAAUCAAGUCUAAGGCAAAAGCAAAAUCCAAACCACCACCCCCAAAGCACCUGGACACCUUAGAUGUUAUGAAACAUCAGCCCUACCAGCUGGACUCCUCACUCUUUAGAUAUGAAGCUAACACUGAGGCCAGAAGCCCUAGCCAGGCAUCCCCCAUCCCACCCUCUGAUGCUAGCCCCGCACCUACCCCAAGUCCUAUCCCUGCCCCUUCUCCUCGUCAUGCCCACAACUCGCACUCAGCCAAUCAACAAAGGAAGCCUGUAGCUUCUUCUAAGCCCAUUGCAUCGGUAAGUGUCUCAUAUCCUUUCGACCGUCAACCUGCAAGUUCAUCUGAGCCACCCCUAGCAAAUAAGCAACUGAAUAAAAAACCCACUGCCUCACCUGCUACGCAUGACCUUUCAAAAAAACUGGUUUCAGGCACCCAUUGCCCUCUACCCACAAGCAUCUCAGAUUUUUCUUCUUUUAGUGUAAGCAAACCUAUAGCGCCCUUGUCCUCUGGACCCCUUUUCACUAAAAGUGCCCUUCCAAUGGCUCCUCGGCCAAGGUUCUCUGCUAAGAAGCCGGCAGGAUCAAGUAAACAAUGGAAGCCUGUUGUACUCCAAUAUUAGUUGCAAUCCAUGGCUGCGCUUCGAUAGCAGGUUUUCAUGGUGGCAUGUCUCUCUACAUGACCUUUAAGUUUAAGUGUAAAAAAGAGAGAAUAUCAACCUGAGAUCAUCAUGAUCCAAGUUAGUAUCAAAGUUAGUAUCAAGUUAGCUCAUGAAGAAUCGGAGUGUCCUGUCCUUCUACAUACUUUACACUUUGUAAAUGUUUAAAUGAUAACAUUGCAAGGUUGGAUGGAAAAACACGGCUUAUACGAAUAUCUGAUUUUGUUAAAAUACUCAAGCAACUGCCAACCUGGGUUCCUGAGCAGAAUCCUAGACCCCAGUUGAGACAAAUUAACAACCCUAGGUGUCCCAGAAAUGCUUCACAUAUGGCUUCCAGCCACUGGCUGCCACACCUACCAACACUCCCUCCCCCCUAUCCCAUCAACCUCCCAUGCUGGCCCAGCAACCCAAGAUAAAGUUUCAUGAUUUAAUGGCUUGCGUCAAUUACUAUAAUGAAUAAUGAAUAAGUUGCUCAUUGUUUUCCCGCAAAUCUAAUAGCCAAUGUCUUAUGGCAACAGCAUGUUGCUCGUCUAUUAUUAAUAUUCAUAUGAUGUAGGAAGUUUAGGACUUAGCAAGGUUGUCAAAAGUAAUUAUUCACACUACAGGUAAGGUAAUUUAUGAUUAACUAGACUCUAAGUGCAGUACUUAAUUAGCUAAAUAUGUAUUGUUAUAUCCGAUGUUAAUAGCCUUCAUGUUCAUGUUACAUGUUUGUCUAACAACCAAGCACUGCAGAGUUAUAUUUUUGGAGGCAACAAGUGCUGAAAAAAUAGAAACUGGCAGCUAUAAUUAAGAGUAUUCUCAGGAAAAGAUAAGAUGAAAAUGUGCUAUUUGUUCACAGUUCAUCUUAAGUUUCUAUGUUAAUGCUUGAAUAUAAAUAUAAAACAAACUAUUUAUUGUUCUGGCAGGUAAGAUAAGGUCUUAAAUACCUGUUUAAGGCUUUUCUGUGCUUUUUUCCUCACUUUGUCAGCUUCUUGUUUUCUUCCUGUCUGUAUAACUGUCACAAAUGUGCUUAAAUAUUUGGGAUUUACUCUUUAAAAAGUUGCAGACCGAUCGAGCUACAUACGCAGUAUAUACAAAGGAAAAGGAGCUUUAUGUUCGAACUGAGUAUGCCUGAAGAAGAACAUAUCGUCCUUUUCACAAAGCCCUCCUAAUUUCACCUCCAGUCUCAUUCCAAACUAUAUUUGAUGGUGCAAUAGAGCUCAAGCACAUGCUAAUUGUUCCUUUUUUUGUUAAACCCACACUACUUCAAUUGUCAGUUUUUUGUCUGUUUUCUUGUCUUUGACAUGUCCCAUUACCAGUCAUGGCUAUUCACAAAGCUGACCCAAUAUGUAGCAUUUAUUUUAAUUAAAUGUUAAUGAAACUGUCAUGAAUAGCAAUACAUAAAAAUAAUUAUCAUAAUAACUGAUGCAUUUGACAAGAAUCUAAUAUUGAACCUUUUUCAAAGCAAUGUCUGCCUUUUCUCCUUUUCUUUGUUCUUUCCUUUCUUUUUCCUUUCUGUUAUGUACCCUUCUGAAUAUUGCACUUCUUGUAAUAUGCACCACUAUGCUAUUAAAUCUUCUGUACCUUU